CGAAUCGGGUGUUGCGGCUGAGGUCUGCAGCUCAAGGUUGACAAAAAGGAAAUCAAUACUUCGCCAGAAUGUCUUCUGACCAGUUCAUUGCAUCCUCUUCGACCACUUGUCUUCAAAGCUUCAAUUUCGACAGAGAUGUCACUAUUUCGGUGCGGUGCGUGCUCUGAAAGUAUUCCAGAGACCAAAGCCCGAUUACGAUGUCGAAACUGCUCUCUGCCAUAUGACUUGUGUACAAAUUGUUUUAUGGUUGGCAAUGUUUCACACGCUCACCAGCUUUCUCACGAAACCUCUCUUAUCGUCACUUCAGGACAUGAUAUCGCUGCUUUGAACGAGUUGAAGCAUCCAUCAAUACCCAUUGCAAAUCCAUAUGCAAGAAGAAGAACUCUAAACGCACCACCUUCCCUUCCUCCAAGACCAGAAUCACAGACAGCUUUGCCAUACCACCAAGGUCCUCCACCAGUUUCUACACAGCAGCCAAUUCCCUCCCCUCAGCUUGCUUCUUAUCAAAGUCCUCAAUUCCAACAAAAUCACCAGCCAAAUUCUACGUCAAAUUACGCAUCUCCCGCAUUAAACUACCAAAAUGCCCCUCCUCCACCUCCUCCAAGCUCCCAGCCUGUUCUAAACUAUUCUUCUGCUUAUUCUACCCCAAAUAACAACAACGCUCCUGCACAAGCAUCGUCAACUCCUACCUUCUCUCCUCAGAGCAGAUAUAAUUCAACACCAAUAUACGCCCCCCAGCCAACUCCCCCACAGUAUAACGCACAGCAACUUCCUACAGGCCCAACUCCACAGCAAUACAAUCCGCAGCCAGCCAUAACCCCAGGACAGCCACCAGCUCAAUAUAAUCCUCAACAGAGCACAAACUCAGGGAUGAACCCCCCGACUCAAUGGCAAACUUUACAAGUUUCCGGAAAGCCAACUCCAUUUCUGGAGUCUUGUCUGACAGAAGUAUUCAAACGUGUCGAUGUCAACAGAGCCGGAGUUCUCAGUCCAGAGCAAUACUCUGCGUUCCUAGACGUGCAGCAAUAUAAGAGAGAAGAAGACGUUUGUAAGUGUCUACCAAUCCUUACUAUGUAUGAACAACUAACAAAUAAUCUCAGGGAAGAAAUUCUGUGUAGCACGUCCACAUGUCUACAACGGCGAAGACCUAGCAGACUACGAACUCCGCUCCACCUACGAAUCCUUCGGCAUAGAAUUCAAACUACAAACUCGAAACAUCGCACCAGUUUCCCAACUGCCCCCCAUAUCUGGGGGGCUGAUGCCAAUGAUUACCUCUCGUGGCUUUAUAGAUAUCACAUUCAUUGAGUUGUUUUCUGAUGAAACCCCACUGGGUUGGCAGCGUAUGAAUAUGAUACUAAGACAUUAUGGAGUAAGGAGAGAAUUGGGUGAUAUUCCACGGGAUGUGUGGCCUGCUACUCCGCCAGAGGAACUCAAACGUAGUGUUGCUGUCAUGAGUGAGGCGGCGAGAAGGAAGGCGGUAAAUGCCGUGAAUGCUAAUAAGGCGAAGUUGGAUAUGGAGGCGUUGGGACGGCAGAAUGCGAUUGAUCUUAUUGAUGGGACAAGGAGGACUUAUUACUACCAGUAUUGA